UCGUUCAGUACCUACUUCCUGAAUCAGGGCUAGCUCGCUGCUGUGCUUAAUAGUAGCAUGUAGGUGAGAAGCCGAAGACUUAAAACAGGCUGCUGGAGGUGACUUUCCCAAGUGGCAGACAAAAAAAGUGGACUUUUGUUGAAGGUUGGCCUAGACAACAUGGAUUACUGGCAUGCCUUGGAAGUAUACAAGGACAUGGUCCUGCUGUACAUGGAGGAGGGCCAGAGAUGGGUCAACUCGCACUGCGCCCACCUGGAGCCGUGGCAGAUCAUCGGAGCCACAGUCUUCAUCACACUGGGAGCAGUCUGGGUCAAGAGCUUCCUAUUCCAGCAAGAAAGUCUCACAUCCCGAAUCAAGAAGCAGUGGGUUCGACUCAUCAGAAAAAUACCCUUUGUUGGUGUGGCAAUUCAGAACAAGCUGAACAAGGCUUUGGAUGACAUGUCUGCUAGUAUGUGCACUCUGAAGAACGGGAUGAGCUACACUAAACAGCUGCCUUCUAAAGGUCUCUCUCAGAGCCAAGUGCUGGACAAAAUCAAAGAGUACAAGACUCUGAAUGAGGUGCAGUGGGAGAAAGGCUGUGUUUUGGGUAUAGUGUACUGGGGUGAUAAAACACUGACCAAACUCUUGGUGGAGGUAUAUGGAGACUUUGCAUGGAGUAACCCCCUUCACCCAGAUAUCUUUCCUGGUGUAAGAAAGAUGGAGGCAGAGAUUGUUCGAAUGACUUGCACACUUUUCCACGGAGGAGCUAACUCCUGUGGCACAGUUACCUCAGGAGGAACUGAGAGCAUACUGAUGGCCUGCAAGGCAUACAGAGACAUGGCGUAUGAACGAGGUGUCAAAUUCCCAGAAAUUCUUGCACCUGUGAGCGUCCAUGCAGCUUUUGACAAAGCAGCACAUUACUUUGGAAUGAAACUUGUUCACAUUCCUCUUGAUAAGAAAACUAUGAAAGUAGACGUUAAGGCUAUGAAGAGAGCCAUCAGCAAGAACACAGCAAUGCUCGUGUGCUCAGCGCCUCAGUUUCCUUAUGGAAUCAUUGAUCCCAUUGAAGAAGUAGCUAAGCUGGCUGUACGCUACAACCUCCCACUGCAUGUAGAUGCCUGUCUGGGGGGUUUCCUCAUUGUCUUCAUGGACAAGGCUGGUUACCCACUUGCCCCAUUCGACUUCCGGGUAAAGGGUGUCACCAGCAUCUCUGCAGACACCCACAAGUAUGGCUAUGCUCCCAAAGGUUCCUCAGUGAUACUCUACAGUGAUAAAAAGUACCGGCAAUACCAGUACUUUGUAGCUCCAGACUGGCAGGGAGGAAUCUACGCCUCUCCCUCUGUAGCAGGCUCCAGGCCAGGAGGAAUCAUCGCUGCCUGCUGGGCGAGCAUGGUUUACAUAGGAGAGAACGGAUAUGUAGAUGCCACCAGGAAGAUCAUCAGCACAACACGGAAAAUCAAAACGGAAAUCCAGAAGAUUGAGGGAGUGUUUGUGUUUGGAGAUCCAGAGGUGUCAGUGGUGGCGAUAGGCUCUGACGUCUUUGACAUUUUCCGUCUGUCUAAUGCACUGAUGUCGAAGGGCUGGAAUCUGAACCACCAGCAGUUCCCGUCCAGCAUCCACAUUUGCUGCACAGUUCUGCACACCCAGCCAGGCGUGGCUGAUCAGUUUAUACGUGAUGUCAGAGAGCAGGUCGCCAUCAUCAUGAAGAAUCCCAAAGAGAAAACCACAGGGAUGGGAGCAGUCUACGGCAUGGCCCAAUCCAUCCCAGACAGAUCCAUGGUGACAGAAGUCUCCCGGGGUUUCCUGGACUGUCUCUAUAGCACUGAGACAAACACCAGCCACAUGAACGGCAACGGCAGAGCCCACUAAAACUGGAUUGGGCCGUCUUGGCCUGCACCCACUGCAUGCAGGGAAACAUGCUCACCUCCUCCCAGAGAUCAGAGCUGAUCGCUCAACAGCUGGCUUAUCUGCAUCCCUACAACAUAUGGAAAACAUCUGCAAAGACCUUUGAAGCACAAGCCAUCAUCAAUUUAAUCAAUCCAGAGUGAAAUCACCUGUACCACUGUGCUAGAAGAAAUGACUGGUUCCCAACAAGUUUUAUUCUUUUCAUUUGAUUAUAUCUUAAUGUAGUGGAAAUGUGUGGGAGAGAAAGUCAUUUCAUUCAUUUUAAAUGUUCAUUUCAGUUUCAUCUUUUGCUAUAUGCAUAUGUCUGUCAUAAUCUCUACUGAUUUCAUAGUAAAACCAUAAUUUUUUAAAUGCCAGAACAUUUCAGCUUACAUCACUACUUCACUGUCUGUGGCGAAUUAACACAAACCCAAACCACUGAACCCUUGUUGUAGCCGCUGUGCUACCCUCUAGUGUGAAACCUGAUGUACUGCUCCAUACGGGCAUUUUGCAUGAUGGAGGUCACCAGUGAUGAAGAAAAACCGAAUUUGCAGUUUGUUCUGUCAUAACUAAUAUCAUGUAAUAGUUCUCUGAAAACAGCAUUUUUAUUUAAAGUACUGCAUUAAUGAGAACAUAUCAGGUUAGACAGUCACUUGAAGCUACAGUUGUGAUCGAAAGUUUGUCUGUAAACCUGUAUAGCCUAGUUUGUUCGCAUUUAAAAUGGUGGUAUUCAUUUUGUUUUAAAUCAGCAUCUGUGGUCCAACAGUGGUUGAAUUUGUAGAUGGAGGGAGAAUGAUUUGAAUAGUAGGAGCACUCGGCAUCACUAAUACUAAAAUUGUCUUGAAAUUUAAAUAAGAGAGAUGUUGUCAGCAGGGUGUGGAUGUUUUGAUUAGUAGAAUCAGUCACUUUGAUUAUUGCAGUGCUUUGGAAAAGGACUUCCGCACGGUAACUGGCUUGUAAAGUAAAUCGUGGAAACAUAACAGACUGAGGGCUGUUUCCAACCCGGGUCCUGUGUGUAUUAUCAAGCAGCAGAAACUCUUUUUCCUCUGUAGUGUGCACCUGCGUAUCACCUCAUUUGAAUAAUUUGGCUCCUAAUUCAAUCUACCUCAGUUUCUGCUCAAUGCAAAUGUCAUUCAUUCAGCCACUGAAACACUAUCAGGGUAACAAGGAUAACUGUUUUCCAUUUCUGACAAACUUCACAAUGUUAGGGCAUUAGACAAACUGUAAUAAAGUGUUCUUAGAUACUGAAAGGCAACAGAUCCACUGUGAUGGAGGUUUGUGAUCCACAGACUGAUGGGUGUGAUAAUUUUACCUUGGGGGAAACCCACUCUCUGU